AUGUUCCGACCGAUUGUUCUUCUGAGUGCCCUGACGGCCGCGUUGGCCUCGCCCAUCACACACGCCCCCCAGGCCGAAUACGACUACAUCGUCAUCGGUGGCGGCACCAGCGGGUUGGUUAUUGCCAACCGCCUGUCGGAAAACGCCAAUGUGUCUGUCCUGGUGAUUGAGGCGGGUGAUUCGGUGCUUCACAAUGCCAAUGUCACAGCCGUGAAUGGCUACGGGCUGGCGUUUGGCACGGACAUCGACUGGCAGUACCAGACGGUCAACCAGACCUAUGGCGGCAAAUCCCAGAUGGUGAUGCGGGCUGGGAAGGCCUUGUCCGGCACCAGCGCCAUCAACGGGAUGGCGUACACCCGUGCCGAAGACGUGCAGAUCGACGCCUGGCAGCAAAUCGGCAACGAGGGCUGGACCUGGAACAGCCUGUUCCCCUACUACCUGCAGAGCGAGAACCUGACUAUCCCGACCCGCAAUCAGCGUCUGGACGGGGCGACCUUCAACACCUCCUACAACGGCGAGCAAGGUCCGUUGACGGUGGGAUGGGGUGAGAUCCCGACCAACAACUUGACUGCCACGAUCAACGCUACCUUCCAGGGCCUGGGGGUCCCCUGGUCUGAGGACGUGAACGGCGGCAAGAUGCGCGGCAUCAACAUCUACCCAGCUACCAUCAACGUGGCCGCCAACGUGCGCGAGGACGCCGCCCGCGCCUACUACUGGCCCGUCGCCGCGCGACCUAACCUGCACCUGCUGCUGAACACCUUCGCCAACCGCCUGGUCUGGCAGGAGGAAGCCCGUAAGGGCGAGGCCGUCACAGCCGCCGGCGUGGAAUUCACCACCGCCAACGGCACCACCACCACCGUGGUGACCGCGCGCCAGGAGGUCAUCGUCUCCGCAGGCUCCCUCAAAUCCCCGGCCAUUCUCGAGCUCUCCGGCAUCGGAAACGCCACCCUUCUGCAGAAGCACAGCAUCACCGUGCAGGUGGAUCUCCCGGCCGUCGGCGAGAACCUGCAGGACCAGACCAACACGCACGCCGAAGCCGCCACCCACGCCACCCUGGCCGGCACCAAGUACGUCGUCUACCCCGACAUCUACGACGUGUACGGCAACGAGACGGCCGCCGUGGCCGCCUCCCUGCGCAAGAAGCUGGACGACUACGCCCACGCCGCCGCGGAGGUCAGCCACGGCGUCGUCACGCCCGCGCACCUCAAGGAGCUGUUCGAGGUUCAGUACGACCUCAUCUUCACCCAGCGGGUCCCCAUCGCCGAGAUCCUGUACUACCCCGGCGGCAGCGCGAGCAUUUCCUCGGAAUCCUGGACGCUCUUGCCCUUCGCCCGCGGCAAUGUGCACAUCGCCUCGGCGGAUCCUGCUGCCAUGCCCGCGAUCAACCCCAACUUCUAUAUGUUCGAUUGGGACGUCGACAGCCAGAUUGCUGUGUCAAGGUACAUCCGAGAGACCUUCAAGGCGCAGCCGCUGCAGGAGCUGGUGGAGGGGGUGACGGUGCCGCCGCUGCAGGAUGAUGCGUCGGAUGAGGAGUGGAAGGCGUGGUUGCUGGAUGGGAAUUACCGCUCGAACUUCCACCCCGUCGGCACCGCCGCCAUGAUGCCCCGCGAGAAGGGCGGCGUCGUGGACCCCAGCCUGAAGGUGUACGGCACCCGCAACGUGCGCAUUGUCGAUGCCUCGGUGCUGCCCUUCCAGGUCUGCGGCCACUUGACCAGCACCUUGUAUGCCGUCGCGGAGCGGGCGGCUGAGUUGAUCAAGCAGGAGUCU